AAUGAACCCACUAAAUAAUAAAUUUAAAUUACUUCAUAAGUAAUUCACCAGACAAUCACUAGGUGGUCACUAACUUCAGUAUCUGCAUGUGUUUAUAUUGGCAGCAUUGAUCACAAGUUUUUGUUUUGUGUUGUGUUAUCACUGAUUCGUUGUUUGACAGUUGACACACAAAAUAUAUAAUAGAGUUUGACAGUUUGCAGGUGGCUGGUUGUGGUGUGGUUUAAGUUGCGGUUUUAUGUUUUUAAUUUUUGCUCUUAGUUUGUAUUUUGCGAAAAAUAAAAUGAAUUUUGUAUUAGUGUAUUGUAUGUAAUUGUCGACAUGUCGGAGCUCUCUUGGAUUCGUGCAACUCCAACAGCAUCAUAAAAUAAGAACCAAACAAUGGAGAUGCUAAGUUACUGGAAGUUUAUAUUUUCUCUUUUAUACACACUACUAUUUUACGUAUCUGACAUAUAUACGUACAGUAGUGGGGUAAAUAUUGGUCCGUCAAACCAGUCCGAAGCCUACUUCAACGGUUCAUCUUAUUUAAGACUGCAUACUAUAAUCUCUCUAAAAAAACAAACCGGAUUGAGUUUUCGAACAUGUUACGGUGGUAGCUUAUUUUCUCAGAAACAAAACGAAGACCUGAUCAAACUGGCCGUAGACUCGGAGGGAAUCAUAUUUUCAGCUAAAACUGGUGGAAAAGUAUACGAUCACGUUAUUCUAGGCAAUUUUUUAGACAAUAAAUGGCACACAGUUUACUUGCAGUACCGACUGGGCAACUUAACCAUCGAUGUUGAUGGAGAAACAUCGGUAAUAGCCAACUCUACAUAUCGGAACGAAUUACUCGUUAGCCCUGGCCUAUAUAAUGAAGGAGCAGCGGUACUUUUAAUUGGAAAACAGUUCAAUGGUUGCAUUUUGGAAGGACCUUCUGUUGUUUUUGAUCCCAAUAUUAUCUCUCCUAAUCACAACGUAGUAUUCGAAGAAUGUCCGAUACCCUACGACAGCUGUGUCCCGAGGGAAAAAAUCGUAAACCAAGACUACUGCCUCCACGAACCUUGCAUGCGGCAUGGUACCUGCUUAAGCGGUCAGCAGACCUACACCUGCGCUUGCCUGCCCCGUUACACGGGAAAAAAUUGCGAGAUCGACCUAGGGAAUCCUUGUGAACGGAAUCCGUCCUUAUGUAAGAAUUCCGCCACGUGCAUACCGGACGAAGUCGGCGAUUACUCUUGUCACUGCGCUCCUGGGUUCACGGGAAGGCGCUGCGAAUAUGAGAUAAAAAUUCAUCCCAAGUGUAGGAAUAACGUAUGCUUGAAUGGGGGUACUUGCGACGUUGAUUUGGAGACGGAUACUGUCUUGUGCCAUUGCAAGCCGGGAUAUAGCGGUUUGAACUGCGAGAUCAACACGGACGAGUGUAAUUCGAGUCCUUGUCUCAACGGAGGGUUCUGCAUCGACGGUUUCAACAAUUUCACAUGCGACUGCACUCAUACGGGUUACAAAGGACGAACCUGCAAUAUUAACAUAAACGAAUGCGUGAACAACCCUUGUUCAAAUCAGGGUACUUGUUUCGAUACGUACGGAUCUUAUUUGUGUCAAUGUUUGCCAGGAUUUGGAGGAAGACAUUGUCAAUUUAAUGUAGACGAAUGCGCGUCUCAACCUUGCUUCAACAAUGGCAUGUGCGUUAGCCGAUCCGGAGGAUUUGAGUGUCAUUGCCAUCUGGGCUACCUAGGAGAUUAUUGUGAGGUAGAACAGAGUCAGCAGCGGCAGUGCGAUCCUAGCAGUUGUCCUCCAUACGCAGACUGCAUUAAUGACGAAAGCUUGCCGAUUUGCAUUUGCAAGCCCGAAUAUCCCGGGGAGUUCCCUAAUUGUAACAUGGAUUCCAUCUGCGCGAGUAACCCUUGCAUGAACGGAGGCAGUUGUGGUCUCUAUAGGGGAAGCUAUAACUGCACGUGCCCCCCUGGCUUUACAGGAAUCAAAUGUCAAACGAACAUCGACGAGUGUGCAUCGAACCCUUGCCUGAACGGGGCCACAUGCGUCGACAGGAUCAAUGGCUUCUACUGCAACUGCACCGACCAGUGGAUGGGCGUCAUCUGCGAGAAACCCUACGACGUUUGUGAAUUGGGACCUUGCAGGAACAACGGCACUUGCAUAACUUUGCCCAACAAACACGACUUCACCUGCCAGUGUCUAAAGGGAUUCACGGGAGAGAUUUGUGAGAUUAACAUCGACGAUUGCGAGGGCAUAAGUUGUCCGCCGGGUCAAGUCUGUGUCGAUUUGGUCAACGGUUUCGAAUGCAGGUGUCCGCCCGGUUACACAGGCCCGGAUUGCAGUUUGGACGUGGACCCGUGCGCCAAGGAGCCGUGUCACAAUGGGACGUGUAAUUCAGAUCCUGUCACGCACCAGUAUAGCUGCAAUUGUACCGGUACUGGUUAUACAGGACCGACUUGCAAUGUGGACAUAAACGAAUGUGACCGAUUCAGCGAGAAAAUCUGUAACAACGGCAUCUGCGUUAACACCGAGGGUAGCUUCCAAUGUUACUGCAUGCCCGGCUUCACCGGAGAACGCUGCAACCUAGACUUUGACGAAUGCCUGUCCAUGCCUUGUCGUAACAACGCCUCCUGCAUUAACCUCAUAAAUAACUACGAAUGCAUGUGCCCGCCAGGCUACGAGGGAAAGGAUUGUUCAAUUAACAUCAAUGAGUGUGACCCCAUGCCGUGUGCGAUGGGUUCCACCUGUAUCGACGGCAUAAACGAGUUCACUUGUAAAUGCCAGCCGGGUUUGACGGGGAAAUUGUGCGAUAUUAACAUCGACGAUUGCGAAUCGUCUCCGUGUCGUAACGGAGGCAUCUGUAGGGACGGCUUGAACAGUUACAGCUGCGACUGCAGUAAUACGGGUUACGAGGGGUUGCACUGCGAGAGCAAUAUAGAUGAUUGCAAGGGGAAUCCCUGUCACAAUGGAGCAUAUUGUGAGGAUCUCAUCAACGAUUACAACUGCAACUGUUAUAGGGGAUACAAAGGAAAGAAUUGCGAAAUAGACAUCAACGAAUGUGAAAGCAACCCAUGCCAAUUCAACGGCACCUGCCUGGAGAGAUCGAAUAUGACUCUCUAUAAUCCGAACAUAAUGUCACAGUACAACAUCACCCUCCCGGACUCAUUCUAUCGCCCAUUUAACUUCUCCGAUGCCUACGGCUACGAGUGCCUCUGCGUACCCGGAGUCACCGGCCAAAACUGCGAAAUAAACAUCAACGAAUGCGAAAGCAAUCCAUGCCACUACGGAACCUGUUCAGAUAAAGUCGGCCAUUACAUUUGUGAAUGCGACGAAGGCUACGAAGGGGAACACUGCGAGAUAGACAUUGACGAGUGUGACAAGUACAGGCCUUGUAUAUACGGAAGCUGUAUCGAUCAAGUAGCCACGUAUUUCUGUAGUUGUAGUCCCGGGUACGGAGGGAAGAACUGUUCCGUUGAACUCACGGGAUGUAUUAACAAUCCCUGCAAAAAUGAGGGCCACUGCAGACCGUUCCUCCUCAACGAAGUCGAGCACAAGUUCAACUGUACCUGCCCUAACGGGUUCCACGGACUCACCUGCGAAACUAUAACCACCAUGUCGCUGUCAGGCAACUCCCUUGUUAUCAUCAACACUAGCAGAGAGGAGGGUUACGACAUACAGUUCCGAUUUAAAACCACCCUUGGAGACGGAUUGUUGGCCCUGGGCAAAGGGCUAACUUAUUAUAUUUUGGAACUGUCGAAGGGACGGUUGAAUUUGCAUUCGAGCCUACUGAACAGGUGGGAAGGGGUAUUUAUCGGCUCCAACUUAAACGACAGCAACUGGCAGAAGGUUUUCGUCGCUAUUAACUCUACACAUUUGGUUCUCUCGGCGAACGACGAGCAAACCAUCUACCCCAUUAAUUACAAUGAGAAUAAUAACGUCACUUCCACCAGUUUUCCGGUGACCUACAUUGGAGGCACACCAAGUAAUCUUAGAAAACUCACCCACGGCCAGCCAUCCCUGGUGGGAUGUACCGAGGACGUUAUGAUAAACGGGGAAUGGGUUGUGCUACCGCAAGCCCAAACCAGAGGCGCGCCUUGGCUAACAUUCCAAAACGUCGACAUCGGUUGUUUGCGAGAACCUCAAUGCGACCCAAACCCCUGCCAUUCCGGAGGCCACUGUACAGACAGAUGGCGCGACUUCAGUUGUACCUGCGAACGCCCCUAUCUCGGUCACACGUGCCAAUACAACUACACCGCCGCUACGUUCGGAAACGAAAAAAUUAUAAAUUCCUUAGUUACGGUAGAAGUGGCGGAUUACGCCCGCCGUGCCGUGAGGUCCAUCGUGGAUUUGAGUAUGUUUAUAAGAACUAGACAGCCGAAGGGACAGAUAUUUUAUUUGGGAUCCGGUUUGUUUUCCAGUCCUCAAACGACAUCGUCUCGUGAUACUUGCAUAUGUGCUCAGUUGGAGAGCGGCGAAUUAAACGUACAGAUCCAGUUUGACGGGCCUUCGGAAAGUUAUACCGUCGGAGGGGUGAAACUGGACAACGGAUAUAACCAUCUGAUCGAGGUUAUUCGAAACGUUACUUUGGUCCAAGUAAAACUGAACGGAACAGAAUAUUUUAGGAAGACAAUUUCAGCUACGGGAACUUUAGACGCCCAAAAGCUGAUCUUAGGGGGCCACCCACAGACGCGCAUAGUUCGGCAGACUAACGAGAACAUGGCAGUGGCUAAAAUGGAAUCGGCACUGCCCACAGCUCCCGCCUCAACUACUACGAACCUCGGCAAUGUCCCGUUCAAGGGAAUUAUCCAGGACGUUCAGAUUAGUAACGGUUCUUCCACGAUGAUCGUCGAAUUCUUCCCCUUGGAAGCGCUGGAUCUAGACAUUCCGCCAUCAUUUGGUAACGUGUCUUUUGAUAGAAACACAGUUUUAGAAGGAGUCGUUUCUGACGAUUCCUGCCGGUUAAAGCCCUGCAGCCACGGAGAGUGUGAAAAUACUUGGAACGACUUCAAAUGCAAUUGCCCGAGGGGUUUCAAGGGUAAAGAGUGCAGCGAAUUAGAAUUUUGUGAAUUGGAAAGCUGCCCGAAUAACUCGACAUGCAAAAAUCUGGAAGACGGGUACGAAUGUAUAGCGAAUAGUACCUUCAAUGGUCUACAAGAACCGUUGAAGUACCACUUUACCAGCUUAACUCCAGAAGAGUUUGGUAUUGAAUCUCUAGAACUAAACUAUCGAACACGCUCGUGGGGCACGAUGUUAUUCGCAAAGUACAAAGAGAACUACUUCGUGGUGUUCAUUUACCACAACGAGGUGGUAGUCGAAUUCAGCUUCAAUGGACGCAACGUCACGAGCAGAUUCCGAAAAGACAGAUUCGAGGGACAGUGGAUAUCUUUGUUCUUUAUCUUCAAGGGUGACACGGUCAGGGGUGGUUUUACGGAAAAUGUCAUCGACGAAUCCCCCGAUUUUGAAAUCACCGCUUUCGACUGGCACACUUUUACUGAACUACUUAAAUUCGGAGAGCUGUACAUCGGUGGUAGCGACAACAAAACUUUCGAUUAUGUAACCGUUAUCGAAAAUACUGAUUACAACAUGACAGGAUACGUUCCCGUCAGCGAUACGACGACGGUCGAGUCGUUUAUCAGCAACUCGUUAGAGAAUGGCGGGGAGUACUUUUCCGAAGAUGUUCUGCUGUAUAAGGUGGACAGGGAUAAGAAAACAGAUAAUUUUAAGGGCUGCCUAGGACAGAUAAGAUUCAACGGCGUGUUACUGCCCUACUUCACCACCAAAGAAAUCUAUUCCAACGAAAACUACACCUCCGUCUUAUUCGAACUUGACCCUUCUUCGAAAAUAAACCACGGUUGUAUUCUGUGUUACAACAGCGACUGUUUCAAUCAAGGAACCUGCGUAAAUUACACGGACACAUACAAAUGCAACUGUAAACCCGGCUAUGCGGCCGACGACUGCUCCAUGGACAUAAACGAAUGCGAGAACAACCAGUGCCAGAACAACGCGACGUGUAUCGACAUGGUCGCCAAGUACGAAUGUGAGUGUUUACUAGGAUAUGAAGGGGAACACUGCGAAGACGAAAUAGAUGAAUGCUUAAGCAAUCCUUGCAAGCACGGGGGCACCUGCAAUGAUCUCAUUGGCAAUUUUAAGUGCGAUUGUCCCGAGAAUUUCGUCGGAAAACAGUGUGAGGCUCCGUUACUGAUAACCUGCGAGAACAGGCCAUGUCGGGAAGGCGCCACUUGCAAGACAGGGCCUAAUGAACAGACCGGUAAUAAUUUCACGUGUUUCUGCACCGAGGGGAUGGAGGGACCACUGUGCGAUACGGCUUACUGUAUGAAGAAGCACUGCGAACAAGGACAUUGCAAUACGACAGGAGAGGUACCGUACUGUCAAUGCACGGCAGGAUUCGAAGGAAAAUAUUGUGAAAUUAACAUCGAUGAGUGUGUAUCGCCUACGGGAGGAAGUCCUUGUCAGAACGGAGGGAUUUGCAUAGAUGGGCUGUCACGGUACGACUGCGACUGCAAUGGCACGGGAUAUACCGGACUGCUCUGCGAGAUGGACAUCGACGAAUGCAGCACAAUCCGAAUGGCCUGCGGGAGAGCCGGCACAUGCGAUAAUCUGCCCGGUUCGUACAGGUGCACCUGCGACAGUAUUAAAGGGAAAUGUGGUCACCAGUGCGACCUCGACGACCCCUGUGAGACUGAGAAUCCUUGCGUCCAUGGUACGUGUCUCUCCCAGUGCAUAGAUAAACCCGACUACAUUUGCAUCUGCGAAGAAAACUUCUCCGGAAAGAAUUGUACCGAUAUGAAGGUUUCAGCUGGCCUAGACGAUGGUGGCCUAAAUAUUCUGUACAUAAUAGUACCGAUAGUCCUAGUCCUCGUAAUAGCGUUUGCGAUCAGUAUGGCAGUUCUUGUGAACAUCGCCAGGAGCAAACGAGCGACUAGGGGCACUUAUAGCCCAAGCGCUCAAGAAUUCUGCAACCCCCGGGUGGAAUUAGAUCACGUCCUCAAACCACCGCCCGAAGAGAGACUCAUUUAAUUUUAAGAAUUCUCAUCUACUAUGUACUUAAUUUUUCCACAGUUUUUUUAACACAAUUCGACAGUAUAAAAAAAGAUGUAAAGUGCAACAUUUUUUGAGAAAUCUUCCAUGAAUAACAACAUAAAAAGGCUGUUCAAGACUCGACCUGCGUUAAGUAAGGAAAAUAUGGCAGGUGCUGCAGAAAAA